AUGCUCAGCGGAACCCAAAAAUCUUCAAAGCAGAAAGGAGAUGCAAACCAGCCAACUGGCCAGAAGACCCACGUAAGCAAGGGGUCCACGGUCGAGAAAGCAUCAGGCAGCGCAGAUCAAAAUAAAAUCUCAAGAUCAUCGCAGGGAAACUGGAAGGAUGGUUUGAAAACCAUGAAUCGAGUUCGAGAGCAGGUCGAGGCGAAGGAUAGAAAGGAUAAUGGGCUGGAGCCAGGCGUGUUAGCUUAUGCAGCUCAAAAGCCGGCGGACAAGAAACGGGAAUUAAAAAAAGAGCUGUUGAGAUGA